UCUUCUUCUUCUUCUUCUUCUUCUUAUAUGAAUGAGUCCAAUACACCUAGUAGAACUACAUUCUUGUCACUGUGCCAAAACAUACACAGAAUUGAGUUCCAAGUCCAUAUCCUAACAAGACAUAACAUGGAAGCUCUAUGGAACAUAGAAGACAAGUGGAAGCUCACGACUCAGGAAGCUCUCGUCCUUCUCGGCUGUGCUGCGCUUGCUGUGGUUGGGCUCGGAGUUGCCACAUUCUUGAAGAGAUCAAGGAGGAAGAUAACCGUAGAGAAGCCACUGGAAGUUCGAGUUAACGAGUCCGAGGGGCAGAGCUGUGGGGGGCCCGUGGAAGCUAUCUUGAAGAGGGCGCUGAUGGGUUCUCUGAGGUGGAGUCAGGCCAGGAAGUGGGAGGACAGGCCGCUGCCACUCUUGUUGGUGGAGGGUGGCGGAGGACGGUGGCACAGCCACAACUCAGAGUCACCGGUGUGGCAGCGGCCGAUACUCAUGGGGGAGAAGUGUGAGCUCCCAAGGUUCAGUGGCCUUAUUCUCUAUGAUGAGCGAGGUCAGCCUCUCCAAGAAACUCAUCAUCAUCAUCAUCAUCAGGAAAAAACAGCUGCUGCCGGGAGGACUACUCUGAAGGACCUGCUGUGACUGCUUCUGCAAGGAUCUUCCAGGUUUUUUGUCCAUUUUCAGAAAAGAGAUGAGGUUUGAGGCUAUUUUUAAGGUUUCCCUCUUGUACGUAUUCUCUGUUUAUCAGGUAGCACUAUAACGAUCAUGUGAAAGGAACCUUAAUCAUUUGGUCGUUCCGUCUCUGGCUUUUUUUUUUGGAGGGAACAUUUAAAGAGAUCGAUCAGACAGUGUGUUAAGCUCUA